AUGCCCCCUUCCAAGUCCCUCGAGCUUUUACUUCCAAGACUGUUACUUUCAAGCUUAAUUGGACUCAAUGGCGUCCAAGCAAAUAUCAUCACGCCCAGAGCCCCCGCAGCAGCAGCAACGACCGCCUCACCGGGCGAUCUGGCGACAGUGAGCAUCACGGCCGCGGCAGGGUACCAAGUAGCCGGCGCCUGCAUCCAGGAAAGUCUGUUCUGGGACCAGGAUGGGAUUGCUGGGGGUUUGGGGUUGCCUGCUGCGUUGGGUUGUUACCAAUACCAACAACCAACAGUCUACAACGGCUGCUACUGCACCUCCGCCGUAGCCUCAAAAGCGAGCUCAGCGAUCAGCGUCUACGUAUCCGAACUAUGUGCAGGUACCGCCCAAAUCCCAGACGCGAUAUCGAUAUACAAAGAUUACUGCACAUCUGCUGGCUACCCGUCGAAUACGAAUGCGAAUGUUAAAGCCACACAAACGACUGCAAAUGUACCCGGAAUAACAGUCGUCACGAAUAAUGUCGUCUAUACCGUCACCGUUGGUUCUUCGACAUACCUUUUUACAGAGCCCGGGGUGGGCGUGCAAACUUUGACCUCUUCGCCGCCCCAAGCUUCCUCGCCUUCGGGUGGUGGUAGUGGGGCAGAGGCAGGAGGGGGAAAGAAGAAAGUCAAGACCGGUGCGAUUGUUGGUGGUGUGUUGGGAGGAUUGCUCUUUUUGGGCGCUUUGGGCGCGAUUUGUGUGGUGUGCAUAGGGAGGAUGGAGAGGACGAGGCAUAGAGGAGGGAAUCUGUCUUCGAAACUGAGAGUCGAUCCACAAGCUACCUUUGUUCCUCCUCCUACGGGAGUGGGGGUGGGGAAAGGUGGUGGGAGGGCUGAACUUGGAGGGGAUGGGAAGGGAGGUGUUGUGGGUAGGGAAAAUUUGGACAUGAAUGCGGGAGAAAAGGGGGUAGAGAUUGAUGGGAGGGGUGUGCAGGCACAAGGGGGAGGGGAUGGGAGGUAUGGAUUGAGAUCUGAGGAGCUGGACAGCCAGGGAAGAUAUGUGGGGGAAUUACAUGGUGAUGGGCGGCAGGGUAGAGGAUUCGAACUACAGGGGACCGAAGUAGAACGGUAAUAGAAUACUUGUACAGAAGUAAAGGAGGUUUAGACGUUUCAUGGCCAACACAUGUUGUUACCUUUUGUGAAGGGAGGACGUGAGUCUCGUGUGAGAGUUCCCUCGCCGAGGUUUGUAUUUCUUGCCUUGGGUUCACAAGUGUCGGCCACUUUGGGUAGCUGGAUAGAAGGUUGUUAUGCUCAAG